AUAUUCAAGCGUCUUGAUGAUACAGACUUAAAAAAUGUGAUUUCUGCAAGUUGUCAAUGAAUUAACUGAAUAAAAUAUUAUUAAAGGAUGACGUACAAAGACGAACACGAAGCAUUUAUAGGUGGAACGAAUGGUACAGAUGCAUUGCAUAUCGCAGUUACUGGGAUCGCAUGUCUUUUACCAGUAUACAUUAGAGAUGCAAGUGUCGUUGUUAUUCCAGGGUUGGCGAAGUUUACAGAAAAAGUGUGGGUUGGGUUGCUGUUAGAUUUUAUUGCAGUGAUAGUUCCCCUACAGCUUACCAUGACAGUAUUUAGCCAGUAUUCCUUCCAGUGCCUUUUUGGUUUCUUCAUGAUUUUGGCUUUGAUAUUUAACAUGAAAUUAAAGAUGACAAAAAUCAGAUCUGUAAGAGAAAAAGUGGUUCUCAAAGAUGUUCACAUGAGCAAUAGAAGACCUUUUAUUACAUAUUAUAGAGCAUAUGCAAACGUAAUCACUGCAUUUUCAAUCCUAGCUGUGGACUUUAAGAUAUUUCCAAGAAAUUUUGCUAAAGUAGAAACAUAUGGCACAGGAUUGAUGGAUGUUGGUGUAGGAGGAUUUCUCAUUACAAAUGCUGUUGUGUCACCAGAAGCUAGGGGUAUCACAUCCACAGACAGAGUUGUGCCAUCACUACUGAAAUCUUUGAAGUCAUCUGUUCCAUUGUUGGCACUAGGUCUGGUGCGUGUACUAGCUGUGAAAUCUACCAACUAUCAGGAACAUGUGACAGAAUAUGGUGUACACUGGAAUUUCUUCUUCACACUUGCUGCUGUAAAGAUAGGUUGUACACUGUUGUUUUGUAUAGUAUCACCACGGUUAUGGAACAUCAUAGCUGUGUUAAUCAUAGCAGUAUAUCAGCACAAUUUGACCUAUGGUGACUUGAAGGAUUAUAUUAUAAAAGGAGCAGAUGGUAAAGGAGGCCGUACAGAUCUAAUAGAUGCUAACAGAGAGGGGCUGUACUCAAGUGUCGGCUUCCUAAGUAUCUAUAUAAUGGGUGUUCAGCUGGGAAAACUUGUCAUGAAAAAAAGAGAAUGCGUGAGAGACUGGAUGAAGUUAUGUUUCUCUCUUUUCCUUGUUAGUGGGGUAUGUUGGUUGCUCAUGUAUUUUGCUGGCAAAUAUGUGGAGCCAGUUUCCCGGAGAUUUGCUAACUUAGCAUACCUACUGUGGAUGAUUGCUUUUAACAGUAUGUUGAUGUUGUUAUUUCUGGUGUUUGAUAUAGCUGUUACAUGCCUUACUCAUCUCUGUAAUGUUGCCAACAAAAAAGAAUCUCCAGAUUACAAACCAAACCAGGAAACUGCUGUUACAGAUGUAUACAACACAUGUGAUCUUGUAUCUGCUAUAAAUUACAAUGGACUGUUCUACUUCCUGUUUGCCAAUCUUCUGACUGGUUUAGUCAAUAUGUCAGUUAGAACUAUAUACCAGCCUCACACAGUUGCCAUGAUUAUUUUGACUGGUUACAUGUUUAUUUUAUCGUGUGUUACAUAUAUUCUUUACAAAAAGAAAGUCUGUUUGAAGUUUUGGUGAAAUUGAAAUAAAUUAUUUGGUAAAAAAAAUAAAA